ACGCGCACUCGGUGGGACAGGCUGUUGAAAACGGGCAGCUAUGCCGCCGCGCGCUGCAGAAAACGGGCUGGACUCGUCCGCUCUGAACGAGGGCCGGUGUUACCGGAGGACCGACCCGGGGACCGCGCGACCGGGAGGCUACUGACGGAGGCUAACGACGGCUGUCUCCCCGGGGGAAAUACCUCCUCCUAACCCGCGGCCAAAAAGAAAAAAAAAAAAAAAAAGAGGAAACAAAACAAAACCCCAUAAACCUCCUCCUUCUCCUCCUCCUCUGCUCUCCUUUCGGUACAGAGACACCGAGACGUCGGCGAUGUUGCCGCGAGACGUGUAGGAUUUUUUUUUAUUACUAUUAUAAUUAUUCUUUUAUCCCCGCUGCCUUUCGUUUUUUAUCGACUGCAAAUCAAAGUAAAGAGACAGGAAGCGACAGCAGCGGCUUUUCACUAUGGUUUUAUUGGCGUUCCGCAGAAGGACAUGUUUUAAUAGCUGCUGGACGGGGACGCUAUGCGUGCAGUUGUUGCUGUGGAUUUUAUGCGCCGUCAACGGAGAGGAGCAGCCGUUCAGAGUGGAGGCUUGGCUCCAGAGGUAUGGCUACCUCCCUCCUGCAGACCCGAGAAUGUCAGUGCUGCGUUCUGCCCGAGUCAUGCAGUCCGCUAUAGCUGCCAUGCAGCGCCGCUACGGCCUCAAUGUCACAGGAAUCCUAGAUGGCAACACUAUAGAGUGGAUGAAGAAACCUAGAUGUGGGGUUCCUGACCAAAUAGGGGGUACAUCCAAAUUCAGUGUCAGGAAACGGCGGUACGCCCUCACAGGACAAAAGUGGCAACACAAACAUAUCACAUACAGCAUAAAGAACGUGACACCAAAAGUGGGUUCUGAGGAGACCCAUGAUGCCAUUCGGCGGGCUUUCGACGUUUGGCAAAAUGUGACACCGCUCCGCUUCGAGGCUGUGCCCUACAGCGAGCUGGAAAGGACCAAGAAGGAUGUCGACAUCACCAUCAUCUUUGCCUCAGGAUUUCAUGGCGACAGCUCACCCUUUGAUGGCGAAGGUGGCUUUCUUGCCCACGCCUACUUCCCAGGACCUGGAAUAGGAGGGGACACACAUUUUGACUCAGAUGAACCAUGGACACUUGGCAACCCAAACCAUGAUGGUAACGAUUUGUUUCUGGUAGCAGUCCAUGAGCUUGGCCACGCUCUGGGCCUUGAACACUCCAAUGAUCCUACAGCGAUCAUGGCUCCUUUUUACCAGUAUAUGGACACAGACAACUUCAAAUUGCCCAUGGAUGAUUUGCUGGGUAUCCAGAAGAUUUACGGACCUCCUGAUAAAAUUCCCCAGCCCACCAAGCCAUUGCCAACAGCUCUCCCACCUCGUUCCUAUCCUCCUUCAGACCCCCGUAAACCAGACAGGCAGACACGACCUCCAAGACUACCAUCAGGAGACAGACCAUCCCAUCCCAAUGCAAAGCCCAACAUCUGUGACGGAAGCUUCAACACCUUGGCCAUCCUGAGGAGAGAGAUGUUUGUCUUUAAGGACCACUGGUUUUGGCGAGUGAGGAAUAACUCAGUGAUGCCAGGAUAUCCCAUGCUAAUCAGCGUUUUCUGGAGGGGCCUGCCACCAAAAAUAGAUGCUGUCUAUGAGAACAGCGAGGGCAAGUUUGUCUUCUUCAAAGGAAAGCAGUUCUGGUGUGUUAAGGACACUGUGCUGCAGCCGGGAUACCCUAAGGACAUCACCCAGUUUGGCCAUGGCAUGCCGGCUCAGAGCAUUGAGACUGCUGUGUGGUGGGAGGAUGUGGGCAAGACCUACUUUUUUAAAGGGGAGAGGUACUGGCGCUACAAUGAGGAAAUGAGAACCAUGGACCCAGGCUAUCCAAAGCCCAUUACAGUAUGGAGAGGUGUGCCUGAUUCGCCACAGGGGGCCUUUGUCGACAAAGCCAACGGUUUCACCUACUUCUAUAAAGGGAAGGAGUACUGGAAAUUCAACAACCAGUUCCUUCGCGUGGAGCCGGGAUACCCAAGGUCCAUCCUCAAAGACUUCAUGGGCUGCGAGCUGACACCUAUUGACCCAGAUCGUCCAAAGGCCGAGGACGGCAGCUCAGAUGUUGUGAUCGAGCUGGACAAUGAGGCAAACACGGUGAAAGCCAUCGCCAUUGUCAUCCCCUGUAUACUCGCACUGUGCCUGCUGGUGCUGGUCUACAUUGUGGUACAGUUUAAGAUGAAGGGUACGCCACGCCACAUACUGUACUGCAAACGCUCCAUGCAGGAAUGGGUCUGA